GAACAUUUAUUUAGCAGUGUUGGUGUGGCAGUUUUGCGCGAGCCCUGCUCUUGAUUGAAAUUGAUAGGUUUGCGUUGUUUGAAAAGCCAUUUCAUUCCGGGGCUAAUGGGCUCAAGUAGACAGGAUAAGGCAGACUAUAAUUUGAAAAUUUAAAUAUAAAUAUAUGAUAUAUUUCUGUCCUACAUGUUCAUUGCAUUUAUGUUGGUCUUAUUACUUCUCUUAAACCGUGUAUACUUUGGGAGCUAUGCUGAGAGGGGAGUACAAGAGUUUGUCCUUCAGGCACUGUGGACAAAAGUGAACUGUAUAUAUCUGUAUGGAACUCGGUGCAGGCGGUUGUGGCUCCUGUCGCCGUAGACAGGACAGACGCAACACGGAUUCACUUUAUCGUCUGCUGUUAGAGAUCAUUUUCUAAACGGAAACCAGCUGUCGGGCUUCAGCGACAAGCAAUUGUUUGGGUGUUCUGGGAUAUUAUCACCUUCAUUAACUACCGCACCCUCCUUGUUCGUAAAUCCGACAGACUCAUUUCGGAGUUCGCUCCACCGUGAAGCCAGCCGCACCACAUGCCUUCAAUGCUUUCGGUUGUUGCGAGCUUUGUUUUGUCUCUUCGAGAAACCGGAGUGAAUGGGAGAACUCAUAUCGAGUUCAGAAGAACGAACGUCUGACAAUCAGCAUUUUUUUGUAAUGGUAUUAGUAUGAGAACAAGAUUAGCACUGUCCGAAGAUGACUUAUUUUCUUCCUAUUUCCCGUGAUUUUUAACCUCUCCGCUGCAGCCAGUCUGCCUUUGGACUUUUCUUUUAUUGUUGAAUAUGCCUCUGGUGAAAGUUUUGGGUUAUCCAACGAAGAGACUGCUCUACGGCUUUUACUGCACUGUACAAUAGAUGCGUGCGGAAAGUGGAAGCAGUGUAACUCGAGGCGGGGUUAAAGUUCAGCUCUAUGGGGUGGUGAAGCGUUGGUUGCAGUUCGCAGAGUUGGAAAUGUGAAAGCAAGAAGCAGGCUUUAUUUUUUCCCUCUCUCUCCCUUCUGUCUCUCCUUUUUUCUUUCUUUUCAAAACACGGACACAGCCAUCACGGACACAGCCAUCACGGACACAGCCAUCACGGACACAGCCAUCACGCAUACACGGGCAAACACGGACACACACCCACACAUAAUUCACACAUACACACACACUCACUCACACACCAUCACACACAUAAACACGCAGACCCGUUCGUGUAACCCAAACACACACACAUACAUACACCCUCCACAUCCAAGAUUAGAUACAACAGAUAUGUAUUCUCCGCUAUGCCUAACACAGGAUGAAUUCCAUCCUUUCAUCGAAGCUCUGCUGCCCCACGUGCGAGCGUUUGCCUACACAUGGUUCAACCUGCAGGCCCGCAAGAGAAAGUACUUCAAGAAGCACGAGAAGCGCAUGUCUAAGGAAGAGGAGCGCGCAGUGAAGGACGAGCUGCUCAGCGAGAAGCCCGAGGUCAAGCAGAAGUGGGCAUCGCGCCUUCUGGCCAAGCUCCGCAAGGACAUCCGGCCUGAGUUCCGGGAGGAUUUUGUGCUCACCGUCACCGGGAAGAAGCCCCCGUGCUGCGUGCUGUCCAACCCUGACCAGAAGGGUAAGAUGAGGAGGAUCGACUGCCUGCGUCAGGCAGACAAAGUCUGGAGGUUGGACCUGGUCAUGGUCAUUUUAUUCAAAGGUAUUCCCCUCGAAAGUACUGAUGGCGAAAGGCUGGUAAAGUCCCCACAGUGCUCGAACCCAGGGCUGUGUGUGCAGCCUCAUCACAUUGGAGUUUCUGUGAAGGAGCUCGACCUCUACUUGGCCUACUUUGUACACGCAGAUGGCCAGUCAGACAGUCCCAACCAGCAGAGUGAGUCUGACAUCAAGGACCAGCCUGAGAACGGACAUCUUGGCUUCCAGGACAGCUUCGUCACAUCGGGGGUCUUCAGUGUUGCUGAACUCGUGCGAGUCUCACAGACCCCAAUCGCAGCGGGAACGGGUCCUAACUUCUCGCUGGCAGACUUGGACAGCUCCUCCUACUACAGCAUGAGCCCCGGGGCCAUGAGGCGACCCUUACCAAGCACCUCCUCCAGCAGCUCGGCCAAGAGGAUCAAGUGUAUGGAGGAUGAGGUGGACAGUCCAGGAGAGGAGUCCUACUACCCGGGCCAGGGUCGCUCCCCGGGCAGCGGCAGCCAGGCCAGCAGCUGGCACGAAGUGGAACCAGCUGGAUAUAAACUGCGUGGCUCGCUAGCUAGUUCGUUCAUCUCAAGACAAGGGAUGCCAUCGCCCACCACAUUAAAGAAGUCAGAGAAGUGUGGUUUCAGCAGCCCUGUCGUGCCUUCGCAGACCACCUCCUCCCCCCGAACGGCAUUCACACACCAUCAUCGGCCUGUCAUUACAGGACCUAGAGCGAGUCCCCACGCCACGCCGUCGAGCCUCCACUUCCCCACGUCGCCCAUCAUCCAGCAGCCCGGCUCCUACUUCUCCCACCCGGCCAUCCGUUACCACCCCCAGGAGAGCCUCAAGGAGUUUGUCCAACUUGUCUGCCCCGACUCUGGCCAGCAGGGAGGACAGGUGGGCUUCCUUAACAAGUAUGCAGAAAUACCAUGGGGGAAAUACUGUACAAGUGGUCGAAGAGAGAGCACUGCAGUGGAGCCCAACGGAAGCAGUCAGGGGAAGGUCCACAACCCAUUCCUGCCCACCCCCAUGCUGCCCCCUCCACCCCCGCCCCCUAUGGCGCGGCCCGUACCCCUGCCUGUGCCAGACUCCAAACCACCAUCCACCUCCACCGAGGGAGGGGGCAACUCCCCCACCUCGCCAACCUACUCCACACCGAGCACGUCCCCAGCCCAGCGCUUCGUCAGUGUGGGCCCCCGAGACCCCAGCUUUGUAAAUAUCCCUCAGCAGCCCCAGUGGUACCUGGGAUAAGGACUCCAGACCCCCUCGCCGCCCGCUGGACAGAUCGCUGGACCCCUACUUUCUCCCCUGAGUGCGACCCGACCUGAACCGACCAACACCACGCAAACGUGCCCACGUCUGACAGAGAGAAGCCCAACACCCCGCCCCCCCCCAAUCUGUCACCGUCUCCUCAUCCCCAGCGCCUGAGAGACUAGAGCAUCAGCAUGGCUACAACAACCCCCCCCCCCAGAAAACAAGAGGAGAGCUACUCACUGCUAGAUACACUAUAUAUCUAUAUAGCCCAUAUAUAUCCCCCAUUCAUGGUUGGUUUAUAUGCCUAUAUUCAUAUAUAGUACCAGUCACCUCAACUGUUUAUUGGAAGAGAGCUAGCAGCCUAUAUAUCCUGGGAAAGUGCACGUCGUCUUGUUCCUUUUCUUUCUUCUCGUCCACCCCACUUUGCCAUGGAGGGGGCAUAAUCAUGUGACUAAAUCAAAGAGCUUCCCUAUACCUUUCGUCGUCGUAGCCGAACUUUGAAGAGGGUCCGGCGGGCGAGAAAGGGACAGAGAGCUAUGCGUCCUGUGUACGUGUAUGUGCCGAAACGAGGGGAAGAUCAAAGCUCUUGUUUCCUCUCCGUCUUUGCCCCCUUUCCCCCUCUCUCUGGUUGUUUCCGGACUCUGUUGAGUUUGUUGGGGGUUAUUGCCCCUGGUUGGAUGGCUCGCGGAUGUGGAGGUUUUAGCUGGGUCGGAUACCAACCAGUUAAUACCUCUCCCCCCCACCACCACCCCCCACCACCACCACCACCAUCUAUCCACACCCCACCCUAUCCCACACUCAACCCUGAGGAGGGACUCUCCCCCACAGCCGUACCAAGAGGCUGAAGGCCUUCACCCGGCCACAUGGCUUUUCCAGGGACAUCUAGCAGUGCAAAUGGAACCCCAUGCAGAGGAGAACAACCUACCAACCAUCACACCGUGAACUCAUAGGGCAGGGGACGAGGGAGGGGAUGGGGUAUUGAUGUUUAAUAUCGGUCAAUCGGGUGACAUAUUGAAGCUGGUAAAUAGGCUGCAACGAGAAGAGAAGUAUUUCAACGAGAGGCUUGUGAGAAAAUAACUUCUUUCUGGGAGGCUUGUUCAUGUUUCAUUUUUGUAUAAAGGUAAUUUCAGUUCUUUCCGAUCAACCCACAAACUAACGGUCUGUACGAUGCUAUACAAUGCAAAGGGCAGGUAGAAGGUCUGUAAUUCUACUAACUGACUAGGCGGGAGACAUCUGUGACUUACGUGAACAGUGGAAUAUUGAAUUGAGGAAAGUGCAAUUUCGUUGGAUAGCGGUUGGAUAGUUAAAUGUCUUUGUAAGAUAGGUCGUUGAAACAAUUGGUGAAAAGUAUAUAUAUUUUUCUUCCUAGUCCUUUCACACCUCCGGGACUCUAAAAUAUCGGGGUACAAAAAAAAACGUCAAUUAGAACGAUAGCCUUGUGAGAAAAUAAGGGGAGCUGUAUUUUUUGUUUGUUCAUCUUGUAAAUUUGUUUGUAUUGUAGAACAAAAAAUCCCUUUAAGAAAUAUAAUUUUAAAGCAUCUCUUGCAGCUUUUGACUGCGAUUCAUUUUUUAUUUUUUAAACGCAAAAUGAUUAACUUAUUUUAAGAAAGCACAUGAUUUUAAAUAAAGAAUUAGCGGCUUAAAUUCUCAUGAGGCAAAAUCCGGAACAACUUUGUUGUAAAAAUUAUAAUAUAUGGGCGUCCAAGUUCUGGUUUGAUUGGCUAGACCUUCUCUAAGCCUUGUCCAAUCGGAAGCACUUAUUCCUGCAGUUGGCUUAUGGGCUGGGGGUGGAAGUUCAGUGAGAAAGAGAAAAAGCAGAGGGACCCUCUGUGAGCAUUUGUGUUGCGAACACGUUGAUAUCUACAUGAAGGCAAGAUCGCAACCAGACGGCGAAGCUUUUCAGUCGCUUCGCAUGCAAAUGACCAUUUUAUUAAAGUUUUUGUUUUUGUUUUUGUUUCCUAUACUAUACAUACUAUAUAUAUACACUCUUAUGACCGACUCAUCCACUGUCGAUCAAAAACGUAUUAAAACUAUUUAAAAAAUCAACAAAAAAAAUCUGCAUGUUCUGGUGUUAGUGACACAUUUUUACAUAGAUUAUGUAGAGUUAGUGAAUAAAGACACUAUUGUAAUCCCAACAUCAGGCACUUGCCAAUAGUCUAUAUUUGUUUGGCCCCUCGAGGCUUUUUUUUUUUACUGCUGUCCUUCACAAUCAACCAGCUGAACGUCUUUAAGACUCUUAUUCGCUUCUCAUCAUUUCGGAGUCGUUUUUUCCUAUUUCGUUCCCUCUUGAAAUGAUCAGUUCUCGUUUCUUCUUAAAGUAUAUAUAUUUUGUUUGUAUGUUCUCAAAUUGCACGAAACAAUUGUUCCUCAUCAAUGUGCCUUGAGCGAUGGUCUAGUCCCGAGUUGUUGCACAAUGUUCCAAUGUGGAGAGUUACAUUUCCCCCCCCCUUUGGAUUUAUUAGUUUCAUCCCCCACCUCCCAUUGUGUAGGAGUGAUCACAGUUGUAAUACUGAUAAGGAACAUGAAAUAUAAUGAAAUUGCUGGUUAUAAUACGCAGUAUUACAUCUGCUAUUGGAAGACCUCUCAGGCCCGUAUACAACAGUGCUUUUUCUCUCUAUGAUGCAACAUGGAAGUGCUGUGUGAGUACAGGAUCAGAACAUACUAUCUCUGUCUUGUACUGCUGUUAAACGAGGCCAGAGUCAAUCACCCUGAUAGGGCCCCAUUUUUAGUCGUUCAGUGAGUAGGAAUAGAGCUCUUAGCUUUGUAUCUUAUAGAUAGUUUAGUUAACCCCCGAGCCGCCCCCUACUUGAAACCCAUUUUUUUGAGAAUGUUGAGAAUACUAGUCUAUUGAUAUUUAUGGAUGUUGCUGAAAUUUCUAAAUGGAAACGACCUUUUGUUUUGGAGUCUUCCUGUUUUUUUGUUGCUGUUUUUUUUCCGUCUUUUUUUUCUCCCAGAAGUGAAUAAUGAGAAAGAUAUAUGCAAUACCUGCUUGCACUCAUGUAGACAUACACUAGUCAUUUUAUUUAGUCGUUUUUUUGGGGUGAUCUUUUUAAUUUAAUUUUUUAUAAAGUUAGCCUGCACUUGACUGGCUGCAUGGUUGGGGGUCGGUCCAUUUGGAAGACCCACUCAUGGAGAACAAAGGUUUCGCAAAGCCUAGUCAGCCUCGCUCGGGUACUUGACUUUAUUUGUAUUCAACACGUACAAGAUGACCGCAAAAUAUAGUAGGGUUCUCCUUUUUGUAUAUUCUUGGUCACAAGCAAGCCUUUCAACAAGUCAAACUUCCUCUCCAUCACAAAAUCCACAUUUUCGACAGACUAAGAAAUAUGACGUCCAACAAGAACAAAACUCCCACUUUCUAUACCCUUUACUUCAAACGGACUUCCAAAUUGCAUAUAUAUGAAUUGUUUAUCUGUCUAUUACAUAUAUCAUUUUUAAAUAAUGACAGUUUGAGUAUUGGGAAGCCUUUCCCAAGGUGUCCAACGUGAUGGUUUAGUAGUAACACGUGCGUGGGUUGUGUGUUUCAUUUAGUAGGACCGUUUUUGUUUUGUCUUUGUUCUUGCCUACCCUUUAGCGAUGAGUUGGGCAUUACUUUCUUAAUUAUCUGCACUAAAAUAUGAAAUAAAUGACAAUAGUGAGAAUUAUUGAAAAACUGCUUCCAGGGCUUUAAAAGAGCGAAGGGGAAAAAAAAAACAAUUGCACGGACAUUUUUGUCACAAAACCUUGUUGUGGACAGCCUAGCAUCUAAUCAGCAAGAUUUGGCUGUGUGUAAAAUACGACAAAAUUGCACCCUUUUUAAAGAAAGAAAGGAAAAAAAGAAAGACUAAAAGCAAUAGUUUGGGCAGUCUGUUUUUGUUCUUGUGUUGUGUGUGUCGUUUAGUUAUGGGUACAGAAGUGGAGGAAAGAUGUGGUGAUGAUGAGAAAGAGAGAGAGAGAGAGAAAAAAGCUAUAGAGCAAGCAAGGGCCGAAAGGCCUGACUGUGGGAGACGUGUUGUUUGUAUGUUGUAUAGUUUUAUUAAUUACACUGAUUUUAAAGCUGCCCUAUUUUAUAAUGCAGGACUUUUGUAACAUUAAUUAAAUGAGGAAAAAACUAGUGUUGUGAAUUCUCUGAUUGUUUGUAUUAAGGCCACAUUAAUAGAACUGGUUUUGUUUGUUCCAUGGGAACUGGAUUUAAGUUGAAAACUUUCCUGUUUCCUGUUUCCUGUUUCCUUAUCUUUUUCUUUUUUUUCUUUCCUUUUUGUAUGUAUUUAAGGACUUGUUCUUCUUUUGAUGGUAUAGCGUAUUCCUAUACUUAAAAAGUAUAGGGUAUUGAGGUGAAAAGCCCAUUGUAAAUGGAUGUUACAGUAUGCUAUAUGUUGAAGGUUAUUUGUUGCAUCAGUGUUGAUGAAGCUAAAUCUAGGUAAUUCUGAGGAAAUUGGUAAGAAGAGUGUUUUUGUUUUUUUAAUGCAUUUAAAAUUUAGUUUAGGCAGAAGACAAUGACAUAGACAGCCAAAGGAUGCCCCUAUUAUAAAUGCAUCUCGGCAUCUUUUUUUUUUGUGUUCACCAUUCCAUGCAGGAAAAUAAACAGCUUGAUAUGCAACAUG